ACGAAGAAAGAGAAAUCGACCUCUGGUUUAGCUAAUAUUUUUGUUGUGCUGCCACUAUAACUGAGGCCAGGGUCCUGGGACACCCACCAAGAGCAGGCCUUCCACCAAUAAGUACCAUGAAGUCUGUUAUACUUUUUUUUUUUAUAGUGCGUGAAUCAGUUUCAUCUUCAGCGACUUUGCCGCAAGUAAAUCGAGAAAGAUGUCUUGACUAAUGGUAAUAUAUAUUAUUAUGUAACUCCAUCCAUUCUCUGAUUUUAACUAAGCUUAUUAUUUACUUUAGUUAUACUAUACUUUUUUAAUGAAAAAUUGAAUAAUGUUAACUGAAUUUCUUUGUCUGAAUAAAUUUUUGUAAGAACAACUUGUGUUCAUUUCAUUUUCUUCUCUUGUUCAUUCAUGACACAUUAUAACAUUGGAAGUUAAGUCUCCGCUCAGUCUUUCUUUACUAAAAGUGUUCCCAUUUAUAUAGAUUUAUAGUCUGUGGUGUAUGCAAUAGGGAGAGCUGGAAAGGAGGCCUCCUUUUCAAACAGGUCCCAAGCCUCUCACAUGCCGUGACUUAUAUUUUCAUUGCUGUUGAUUCUUCCUCAUCAUCUGUUACUGCUGAUGGUGUCAUUGUUGGUCGAAAUUUGCAUCCUAUUAUUUUGUAGGUGUUGUUGUUACUAUCGUUGAGGUAAUGCCGAGUCAGCAACAUAGAUUCUAUCUCCAGUUAAUUCUGAAAUUUAGAAAAGCAAGAGCAAGCAUCACCACAAUGAUCUAAUCGGCUCUACCUUUUUUUUCUCCUCCCCAUUCUCGAUGACGACGGCGAGUUAGAACCACAGAAUUCUACACUAGUGUAGAAUUCUGUGGUUAGAACUGACAAAAUUACUGCAUAAUAAUAAUGUUACCUCAUAAUAAAACGAUGGCGAUACUGUUCCGAAAGAAUAGAUAUAAUACGAAUGUUUUACGUGCGCUUUCGUCACAAAUUUAAACUGCUAGGUGCUGUAAGAGGACUCAACAUUCGACACUCACAUACAACCAUAAUAAUAUUAUUAUAAACAAAUGAAUGUUCUUGCUGGGAAGCAAUAGGAAAUCAAUCUGAAAUAGAAAAUCUAGAUGCAAGAUCCAGAUCUGGAUAGGCCUACAUUUUCUUUGAUUUUAUUCCUCUGUUUCAAUUUUCAUACUCUGGCUUCCAUUACUUAAAUAUACCUAUGACGUAAUGUCAUAAAAUACGGUGAAAGUGAAACGAAACGACAUGACAUCAUGAUGUUCUGAAAUAGGCUACUCCACAAACACCCGGCUCUGGGACCGAUAGGAACCCAAGAAUGAUGAUACAGUGACUCCUUUGUUCAAGUCAAGAGCUGUGAGCAUUUAUAAUAUAAUGAGUGUGAGAGGCAAAAGGAAACAAGAAGCAGACUGUGAGGUGUCUUCUGUGGAAAAUAAGAGCAAGUACUUUGGGAAUGUAAAGGAUGCGUCUACAAGCGAACCAAAAUCUAAUGAUGUUAAUGCUGCAGACAGUAAGAUUUCCGAUGCAAAUGUAGGAAAGGAAGCUGAUGAUAAUUCAGACGGCAAUUCCGUACGGCUUGUUGGUGAAUUCUACAAUAAACCGUGCACAGACCUAGCACAGGCAUUACUUGGCAAGAGAGUUGUACGUCUAGUUAAUGGAGAGAGACUAAGUGGCAGGAUUGUAGAGACUGAGGCGUAUUUGGGUCUAGAGGACAAAGCAGCUCAUUCUUACAAAGGCAAGAAAACUGACAAGAAUACAGCAAUGUUCAUGACUCCGGGCACGAGCUAUGUGUACAAUAUUUAUGGCGUGUACUGCUGUUUUAACAUUUCUAGUCAAGGUGAAGGAGCAGCUGUGCUAAUUCGGGCGCUGGAAGUGAUAGAAGGUGCUGAGGUUAUGAGGAAGAGUCGAAUGGCAAAGACUUCCAAAGCCAUGAAAGAUAAAGACCUGACUAAUGGACCGUCCAAGCUGUGCCAGGCACUUCAAAUAAACAAGGGCCUGUUCAACAAAGUUGAUUUGGCAACUUCCCAGGAGCUAUGGCUUGAGCAAGAUACAGGGGUUGAAGCCAGCAAGGUUGUCAGAAGUCCAAGAAUAAAUAUUGGUUAUGCUGAAGAAUGGGUGGACAAACAUUUAAGAUUUUAUGUUCUUGGUAGUUCUUUUGUAAGUGUGAGGAAUAAAGAAUGUGAAGCGAAGUGCCCUGGUUAGCAGGAUUUUCUGUUUUAUAACAUAUCCUCCUCUUUACAUGAUAGCCUCACAGAAUACUAACUCAAGACAUUCCAACUGCUGUAUAAUUUGUUUUAUUUGAGAGCUUUAUGUUCGCAAAACCCACAUGACAUUUUCAUAAUAAUAGCUUUUUAGGACAUGCAAUCAUCAUAAAUGAAUUUCAUAUUGUAAAAUUCAUGAUAAUCAGAUAUUCAAAGAAAAAAAUGAGUUUUUUAGAUAUUAGCAUACCAUACUGGGUUGGAUAAUGCCAUGGUAGAAUGUCAAAUUUAUGUUGAUUGUCCUGUGAUAGUUAUCAGUGCCAAACAUAAAUGCUUAAUCGUCCUGUUCAGUCUUUGAAACUGCAGGUAACAUUAUAGUCCUAAGUCUUGAAAUGCCUCAAAUUGAUAUUUAAGUCAGAAAUCAUAACUAUAUGUUUAGACUGUGCUAUCACUAGAAAAUUGUUGUGAGAAGUUGACUUGAUUAUUAAUACUUUAAACCCCUUCAGCACAGUAUAGAUUAUUUUAGAGGCUGGCUGCUUUGACCCUGCUCAUCAAGCUCAUCUCUGGCUGUUGGGAUUCUAUGUUGAAGGUUGGACUUACUCAAUGGAAUUUCUUUCUUGUAUGGUAACUGAAUUCUUGUCUUUUGCUUCUAAAGUAAAGAGCCUAACUACUGAAAGGUUAUGGAUUUUAAUCAUCAUUAUUGAUGAUCUAUGAUCAAGGGAUCAUUCUUGUAAUUUUAAAAAAUCUGCCUUUUAUGUCGCUAGUGAGGUCAUGUAAUGAUGCCUAUGUCAAAAAAA